AUGAGUGGUGAACUACCACUUACUGGGUGGAUUGAUAUUCGAAUUAAUUUGUCAACUAAAAUCAAGAAAUAUUACUAUGUUUUAGAAGGUAAUAAAUUAAUAUUAUGCAAAGAUGAAGAUAAAAAGAAAGAAGUUUUUUCAAUAAAUUUAAAAAAUGGGAAAUUAUGUUAUUUGAGUGUAGAACAAGAGGUUAUUGAUCCAGUGAAAAUAGAAAUAACAUUUGAUUUAUUAGAAAAUGAAUAUUAUCAGUUUGAAUGUAAUAAUAAACAAACAUUAGCAUUAUGGAUUAAAACAUUAUCAUCCUAUUGUUGUGUCACCGGAAUUACUCAUUAUCCAUUACACACUAUUGCAUUUAAAAGUAGUUAUUGUAUUCCAUUAAUACUCGUUCGAUGUUUUAAAAUUAUUGAUGAAUGUGAAUAUCAACCUACUUCUCCUUUACUUCAACCAACAUGUUUUGACCUUAAUGAAUUAAACGAACUUUGUGACAUUAAUUCAAUCAAAACAAUUGAACAAGCACAUUUAAUUAUUCACCAUUACAUCACAUCAUUAAAUCCACCAUUAAUUCCAAAUUAUCUUAAUGAAGGAAUUUUAGAUGCAAUGAAGAAAGAAAGUACAUUAAAUCAAGUAGAAGUACUACAAAAAACAUUUCCUUCUUUAAACCAAACAUUUAAAUAUUUUUUGUAUAUUAAUUGA